AUGGCCCAAGAAACGGUGGAGUUGCUAAGCGCUGGCAUUCCACAAGAGGCUUCCGCGAAGUGCACGCUGCUUCUGAAAAAAUGCGUCAGGUUGCUGGAGACAUUCAACCCCAAGGUUACAACUGUGGAUGCCUACAUGGACGACGCCAAAUUUUUGCAAGACCCCAUGAUUGGAGAGGUGGAGCUCAAGUUCAUCCAUCAGGUGUUCUACGGCUGCCAUCGCUACAGCAAGCUUCUGAGACUGUUUGUCACGAGCUUUGCCUUCAAGGUCCCUGCUAUUGCCAUCAGAUCGGAGCAAGGCUUGUACCAGGUGCUGGCUUACCUUCUCUUUUUCAGGCUGGAUGAGCUGGGCUUGCAAGACUUUCGGAAGUUUAUCUUUUGCGGAUAUGGAAGCCCUCCAGCCAUCUUCGCCCUCAUGCAGUACGCUUUGGAUCGGGAGGAGCUGAACGACUGGGUCAUGCAGGAGUGGCUCAAGCACUAUGACCCGGAUUAUUUGGACGAGGACGUGCUCGGCAAGCUUCAUCGCCGUGCAGAUGAACUGAGACCGCUGAUGUCCGACAUGCAGCUCAAAGCGACAGGUGUUGCAAAGUCGGGCGGUCAACGAGGGCCUGGCACGGUGAAGUCUGACAAGAAACCCACCGAGUUUGAGCCGUUCAAUCUCACAGCCGUGAAGCCCAGGUUGAUCCCGGAACCAGAGAGUGCAGUGCACAAGGACUGGACCGCCCAUCCCGUGCCUGCGCACAUCAACCGGACGAGCCUGGCGGCAAUACAGGAGGAGAGAAAGAGGCAGCUGGAGGAAGAGAAGACAAAGGUUGCUGCGAAGUACUCGAUGGAUGACGAGUUCACCCUAGAGACAGCCAGUCGAAGAGACUAUGAGACGAUCCGAACACAGCUUCAAGAGGAUGCAGAUAAGAAGGUCAUGGCUGAAUGUACCUUCCAGCCGAAGCCUAACAAGCGGAUCAUGCCGACGGAUGAUGCUACAGUGCGACAGAAUGUGGCACAAGUGCUUCGAGAAGAUGCGCGAUUGAGACAGACGCUGCAGGCAGAGCACGACUUGCUCAAACAGUAUGAGGCUGAACUUCAUGAUGCCUCUGAUUUUUAUUCGUGGCAAGACCGGAUGAGAAAGAAGGACUUCCUCGAGGAAGAGGCCCGGACAAAGGAGCGCAUCAUCCAGACGCAGCUGGCAAGAGAUGUUGCUGCAGAAGCACAAGAAGCAACAACAAGGAUGAAGACCAUCCAAGCUGAGUUUCAGAAAAAGGACAUGCAAGUACAGCUCGAAGCAAAAGAGCGACAGCACGAGGCUGAGCUCGAGCAGAAGCAGAAACUCGUCGAGCAGACUACAGAAGACCGAGAGAAGGCACGCGUUGCUGAGCAGGAGGUUUUUGUGACGAAGCAGGAGCACGCCGAGCAACGACGCAGGGAGAAAGAAAUCGACCUGGCGAAGAAGAAGAAGGAGGAGGAGAGUGAGAUGGAGCGCAAGAGGGAGAUCAUUCGUCAGAUCCGCGCUCUGGAGCGUGCCCCACGCGAGAGCGCGAAAGUCUUUGAUCGCGCCGAGGCGCCGGCCCACGGAUUCCUCGAGGAGAUGUCCUUCUCUGAGCUGAAGGAGCGUCUCAAAGUCAUGGAGAUUCAGCACGCGAGGAGCGUUGAGGCAAAGCGUGAGCGGCAACUGGCCAAGAAGGUGGAGAAACAUGAGCUCCUGACUGAGAAGGUGCAGUUGCUAGCGCGCGUUCGAGAGCAAGCAAAAGAGCACUUGCUGGAGAGCAAGGACCAUGCGCGAAAGCAGCGGGUGGCCGAGGAAGCCAAGAAAGAUCGGCACAGAGAGGAUGUUCUCAUAGAGGUCGCGGCCAGGUUGGAGUCGAAGAAGAAGGAGAAGAAGGAUGCAGAACGUCGAUUGCGAAAGGAGCUGCAAGAGAUUGCAACCAAGCAGCAGUUCCAGUUGAGCAGCCAAGAUGCCCUCGAAGCCAAGAAGAAUGCGGACCACGUCGCCGGCCUCAACAGAGAAGUCCUCCGGCGCCAGGACCGCCUUCUUCUGGAGCAGCACAAGGAGGACCACGUAAAGGUUCGCGCGAAGGACCAGCGGAAACGGAACGUGGAGUCGGAUCACAAGCAGUACAUGGACAUGCAAGACACGGCAGACCGGAGAACCGAGAAGGCUAGACGUGCAGAUACAGCUUUUAGGAACGAAAUGUCGAAUGCAAACCGUCAUGCGCGAGACCUUCAGUACAGCCAGGAGAACAAGCACAUCGACAUGUGCGGGCACUCAGCAAACGCAUACUGGAAGAGGUGCUCCAGCCUCCCUGCGCUGCAUGCUUAG